CUGGUCAAAUAAUCGAGCUCCCCUUUCCCUUCGCUUCCAUCAAGCAUUAGCAUCAGCACCGGUAGAAGUAACAUUGAUAUACUACUAUUAGAACAAGAAUAUAACUAUAGCAACAACAAAGGGAGAGAGAGAGAGAAAACCCACAAGUGCAAAAAAAAAAAAAUAAAAAAAAUAAAAAUCCCAAUGGAGGCCUCGGGUUGCUCUGUUUCCAUCUCCACUCUCAUCUGUGAAGAAGACGGCGCCGAUUUGGAAGCCGAUGACGACUCCAACGAAGACGGGGAGCUCUUCCUCCUAUUAAAAGAGCAACCUUUAUCCCAAAGCGAUGAGGAGUACGUGGAGAAGUUGAUCUCCAAAGAGACCAACUUGAACAUCGCAAGCCGCUGCUGUUCUCCCUCUUCUUGUGAUGAAGCCCCUUCGAUGCUAUCCCAGGAUUGGUUCGUAGCAUCACGCAUCGAUUCCAUCCGAUGGAUUCUAAGGACAAGGGCCUGCUUUGGAUUCAGCUAUAAAACUGCUUAUUUGGCAAUCAGUUUCUUCGAUCGCUUCUGUCUCCGGCGAACCAUUGAAAAGGAGAAAUCAUGGGCUAUUCAAUUGUUAUCGAUCGCGUGCUUGUCGUUGGCGGCGAAGAUCGAAGAGGAAAGGGCCCCCUUACUUUCGGAGUAUCGGAUAGAAGAGCAUGCGUUUAGGAGCAAUGCAAUAUUAAGAAUGGAGCUUCUUGUGUUGAGCACAUUGGAAUGGCGCGCGAUCGGGGUUACUCCGUUCGAUUAUCUGAGCUACUUCGUGAAUAAGUUUCAAUGCAGGGAUGGAUCAAAGCAUUCGAUCCACGAAGCCGUUGGAUUCAUUUUUGCAAUCAUUGAAGUGAUUAGUAUACUGGAUUAUAGGCCCUCCACUAUAGCUGCAGCUGCCAUAUUAGCUGCAUCCAAUGAAGGAUUGACAAAGGAAUUAGUGGAAUCUAAGAUGGCCACUCUCUCUCUAUGUGGGUCCUUAGACAAGGAGCAUGUGUAUGCUUGCUAUAAUGCAAUGAAUCAGGAGUCAAAGAAGAAGCACAAGGAAUCAAGGAGAUUGGAUUCUUCAGACUUAUCAGAAAAUUGCACAAGUGUUACUCAUGUAAUUGAUCUGACAGAUACUGCUUCUUUUACCUCCACAAGCAAUAAGAGGAGAAGGCUACAAUUACCCAACAUUAAUUGAGGUCCAUUGGUUUGAUUUGGUUUUCCUAUUUUACUAAAAACUAUUGUUAAAUACCCAUUCCCUCUUCUUCUUUUUUUCCCUAUAUUUUCUGACCAAAUUACUGGCUUGGGGCUUCUUUUUUUUUUUUUUUUUAUUUUCCCUUCAUUUUAAUUGAGUGCACUGUGAAAAUUGUGUUUGGCUUUGGAACUGUUGAGAAGAUACUGGAAAGGAGGAAAGGUUAAAGGGUGAAACUUUACUCAUAGUAAAAAAGUUGACUGCAACACAAGAAAGCUCAUAGGAGAGGGACCCUCAAGAGGCCAAUGAAGACUCUUUUGUGUACAGUGCUGGAAACUUGCCUCUUCUGGGUUCAAAAUUCAUUCAUGGAUCUAUUUUUGUCUAUUGUGGGUGUGGGUCUUAUUGGGGUCAUUGGAGAAUGGAGAUUGCAACUAGUCUUUGAUGUGGAGCUUGUAUUGCAGCCCUGUAGCUUGUCCAUUUUCAGUGGUGCUCUUUCUCUGAGCACUUGAGAGAAAGGCUGUAAAGCAGUGAGAUUGUGGGUGAUUCAGUACAUUUGUGUUUGCUUGCAUUGGCCUGGUUUUAAAGAGGUGAGUGGAUGUAAUUGGAUUGGUUUGAUUUUUUUUUUUUUUU